AUGAAUGCCAUAGUCACCACUCAGCGGGCAAAGGGCCGCUACGGUUGUCAUCAUGGCCCUGCAAGGGUCAGCUGUGGCCUGCCACGAGGCAGUCUGCUUUGCGUUUUGUGUGUGGUGCGAGCUAUAUCACAUGUACCAAUGUACCAAGAAGCGGGUGGUAGAAAAGGCCAGGUCCUUAGCAAAACGUGGCAAAGCCGCUUGGAAGAUCGAGUUUUCUGUGUCACGCAUGGGUUUCUGCAACCGGUGCCGAGGCAGAGGCACAGCGACCAAGAGGCAAACCAGCUCCUUUCCCAGCACUGCAAAGAAGGCCAUGUCCCCCAUGUGUCCUCUGUCAAGAGCAAAAGCAUUGGGCAAAGCGGGGCCGUAGCAAGAUGCGCAAACAAUGCCUUCUCAAGAGCGCUGGCAGCGCCUGGCGCCAACGUGAAGAUGGUGAAGAUGGCACACACACGCUCUGCAGAGGAUCUGUCACUGCUUUACUAA